AUGAUUCUGCCUUCGUUCUCCCUCGCGAAUGGUCAAAGACCGGAAAUCCUUUGCCCUUCGCUCCCUUCUAUGCUGUUCCCAUCAACCCAAUGGCCCAAAAGUAUCGCCUUGCUGCCACCACUGCUUGCAAAGCCGUGGCUCACACCUCGUAGCCGGAAGAGACGAGGAAGGCUUCGCAGCUUUUCCAUUUCCUUCUCUUUGGUCUCACCCGACCCUCCUCUUCACACCCUACUGACGGAGAAGCAAGAGCGCAGCCCCGCUGCUCCUUUCACUUUGUUGCGUAGGCUCGUAAAACCCGGAGAUGAUCUCCCCCGUUGCUAUCAAUCGACCCACGACCUACGGGACUAG